GAUUGGCUUGGCGAGAGGGGGCGGGGGCGCCCAAGUUGGCCGGAGGGAGGCUCCGCAGCCUGGGGAAGGUCCCUUUCCUUUUUUCCUCUCCCGCCCUCGGCUUUUACCUGGGCAGUUGGAAGCCCCGUGGAGAGACGGAACGGGUCUUUCCAGAGUAAGGGUUGUAACCGGAUCCCGAGGCCCAAGGACAGAGCGCUUCCGGUCGAGUGGAGAUCCGGCUCCGGGCCCUGGGGCUGAGGCUGGGGGCUAAGAAUUUUAGGUAUUUUGUAUUCAUAGGGAAAUUUCAAAAGUGUUUUGGUUCUUCAAUGACUUCCUUGGUAGCUUACGAUGAUUCUGACUCAGAGAUUGAGACCGACAAUUUUAAUAGUUCCAGCCAAGAAAAGACUAUCAGACCCCUUGGUCAGCCUUUACCAUCUGACAUAAUAGCUACAAAAAGUGAGAAUGACCCAGGACCUGGAUGGGACACCCUGAAUGCUGGUUCAGGUGUUGUCCCAGAACCUCAAGCAGAGAGAAGUACGCAGAAGUCUUGUCCAAGGCCUAGAUGCCGAUGGCCUGUCACAGAGCUCCAAGUCAAACCCCGGACAUUCCCACCUUCAGAUUUCUCCACAUAUUCCAGCUCCACAUCAUCUGGGAAGAGGGAGUUUGCAGGUGUAUCUGUUAGCAAAAUGAGGCCUUUGUAUGAUGCUUUCAGAGUCCCCAACUCAUCUUCCUGUGCUUUGAUGUCUUUGGAAGCCACAGGUCAACAUGGAAGCCUUUCGCAAAAGAGAAGACAGGAGAACCUGGAUUUUGUUGAAGGAGGAAUUAAGCCUUACAUCCCCAAAAGACUGAGGCAGACACAGACUUUAACAGUAGGAACUAAUGAGAGAGGUGAAUCUGAACUACAAAGACAGAGAACAGAUGGCCCAUCCUUGUUGGAAGGAUCCCCCAUGAGAGAAGGCACAGCCACAGUAGUUUCUAACUUUAUUAAGCCAUAUUUAGAGGCUAAAUAUAAAUCAACAGAAAUUCCAAAGAGGCUGAUCUUUCAGAUGUCUGAGCAUGGAGGACCAGUCAACAGUGUCCAGUGGUGCCCAGUUUUACAGCACAGUCACAUGCUUCUCUCGGCUUCUAUGGAUAAAACUUUCAAGGUAUGGGAUGCCUUAGACACAGGUCGCUGUUUGAACACCUAUUCUUCUCACAGCAGUGCUGUUCGUGCUGUGCAGUGGUCCACCUGCGGAAGACAGAUCCUCAGUGGUGGCUUUGAUUCUGAGCUUCAUGUAACAGAUGUGGAAACAGGAAUGCAGUUGUUUAGCUGCAAAAAUGAAUUUAGAAUCAGCACGGUGAAGUUUAAUCCAAAUGAGCCUCAUAUUUUUCUUUGUGGAGGAUUCAGCCCAGAAAUUAAAGCUUGGGAUACGAGGAGUUGCAAGGUAAUCAAAGUCUACAAAGCUUCAGUCCAGCAGACCUUAGAUAUCCUCUUUCUUCGUGAUGGAAAUGAGUUCCUGAGUAGCACAGACUCUGUAAGCCGUGAUUCUGCUGAUCGCACCAUCAUUGCAUGGGAUUUCCACAGUGCCGCCAAGGUCUCUAAUCAAAUCUUUCAUGAGCGCUUUACCUGUCCUAGCCUUGCUCUACACCCAAAAGAAUCUGUUUUUGUGGCCCAGACGAAUGGAAACUAUAUGGCAUUGUUUUCAGCCCUGAGGCCGUACCGGAUCAAUAAAAAGAAGCGUUAUGAAGGACACAAGGUAGAAGGCUAUGCUGUGGCCUGUGAAUGUUCUCCGGAUGGGGCAGUUUUAGUGACUGGCAGCGCUGACGGCAAUGUCUUUUUCUACAAUUAUCAUAACUCAAGGAUCAUUUGCACUUUUUCUGCACAUAGUCACGCAUGUGUUGGUGCAACAUUUCACCCAGUUCUUCCCUCUGUUCUAGCAACGUGUGACUGGAGUGGGAAGAUUAAAGUCUGGCAGUAAAGGGAGGCUUGUGUGUGUGUAUGUUUUUAAAGAAGAUGAUCAAGCCUAUGGGGACAGUGGAGCAAUGUGGUUGUCUCAUGGGACUGUUGGAGUAUUGUGAGUUUUUUUUCUUUAUGAAUGAUUAAUGAGUAAGUAUUUAUUGGUACUUAUUAAAGAAUACUGGGCUUAGAAUCAGAAGAUAUGGGUUGAAUUCCAGCCCUGCCAUUUACUAGCCAUAUAUCUUGGACAAGUCAUUUCAGUUAACAACCAGUUAUUGUGGCACCUGAUAUAUUAGCCACUGUCCUUGGGGCUGAGGGAAAAGAAAGGGGAAAAGUGGGAUCUUCCUUGUUCUCAAGAAUUCUUUGCUCAUGUGAGAGGUACACGAAUAGGAUUGCUUAGCUAAGGAGGAAGGCUUUUCUGGUAGAGGGAACCAAGAUGUGCAGGUAGGAAGAGAGGGUUGUUAUUUUGUGACAAAACGUGACAGAGCACAUUUUGGACUUCAGUUCCUUAAUUUGUAAAAUAGAGUUCUUCAUCAUUAUACUACCUGUCUGAAAAGGUUGUUGUACAUAAAGUCUUCUGUGAAUGAUGGAAAUGGGACUUAGGGCUAUUAUUAUUAAUUAUAGGAGUGCUUUUGUCAACAGAUGAGACAGGAAAGGAAAUGCUUGCAAUCGAAGUGGUGUCAUGGGUAGAGCCUCGGAUUUUGGAGUUAGGGGACCUGGGUUCUAGUCCUGACUCUGCUAUUUAUUACUUAUGUGAACUUAAAUUGCUAUUAUUUAAUUAAUUAUUUGUCUGAAUGUAGAUAAAUCAUUUCACAUCUCAGUAUCUUAUUUUCCUUACUUAUAAUAUGAGGUAGUUGAAGACUGGCUUCAGAGAAGGGUUGAGAAAAUAUACCUCCCUCUCUUUUUUGCAGAUGUGGGAAACUGUGGGUAUUAACUAACUACCCAUUUGGAUGUACACUUCGUGAAAGUAUUGAUUGUUUCAUUCUUUAUUUUUGUGCCUCUAGUCCAUAGUACAGGGCUUGGGUAUUAAGCUAGUUGCUUAUUUAUUGAUUUAUUGGGGAAUAUCAUAUAUGAUGUCAGAAAUGGUUGAUGCAUUGAUUGGCUGAUUUUACUGAAUUAUUUGUUUCUUUUUUAAUCUGUUACAAGGAAUGACCCAAUGGAUUUGGGGGUGGGGUAGGUGGAGGGAUAUAUUUAAAAAUAAAGGUGAUAUAAAACAAAAUAUAUAAAAAAUAAUUUUAAACCCCAUAUCCUCAAAGUUAAUACCAAAGAAAA